CGGAACAAAGAGCAACAAACAAAGAUUCAAUACACAUUUUACACUUUGUUUUGCGCAACGGAUCUAAACAACAGAAACCUUGGAUUUUUUGCGUCUUUUCCUCAUUAUGACAUUGCCUGAAGCGACAAAUAUGACCGGAGAUUGCAAAGCGAAAUCCAUGAAUAUUGGUGAAGCUAUCAAAGAAACUUUAAUUAAGGCCAAGAGUGAGGACAGAAUUACAUCUGGAAUUUAUUCAUCUGUCAAGAUUCUACAAAUAAGUCCAGAGAUGGUGAUGCUAUGUCUGAUCAUGGAUGCACAUCCUUCCGAGGACGUGUCAAUUCACAUACAACACACAUUGAUAGAAGCAUACUGUCUCGAACAGGACAUUCAUUUCUUAAAGGUGUCAAAUUUAGACAAAAUUGGAGAGGUGUUGGAACUCCCUGCUGGUGAAUUCAGGAAUUCUAAAGUUGAUUACAGCUGUGUUGUUGUCCAGCACUCAAAAUUUCAGAGCAACUUCGAUGACAUCAUUGGAGAAUUCUGUGACAAAUCUUUAUUGGCAGACGACAUGUUCGCGAGACCUGUCAUAGAUCUACCAGUAUGAAAAUCCAUGUUUCCAAAUGUUGUUUUCAUCAGCCUGAUUUCAGGUUAAGAUAAAUAGUGUAUACCUGCUGUGAAAUGAUUGUCAAAUCAGUUCAACACCAAUUCCGUCCUGAUCAGCCGAGUAUCGACACAUUUUGAAAAAUAGUUGUGGCCCCACGUUAACCAUCACCACGAUAAACCAAUCAGAAGACAGCUUACUGACAGUAAGGACUUAAGUGUUGAAAGAGAAAGAGUUCAGAUUGAUAAAAAUAAAAUCUUAAAAAAAAAAGGAAAUGCUUUCUCAAUUGGUUAAGAUAGAUACUUACGGACGACUUAAGAAUAAAUAUCUUUCUAGUUAUAUUGAGAGGACAAAGUGAAAGGGGAAAUCACGAAAAGGAAUUGAACUUGCUAAUUGACGGAAAAAAUGUCUUGUGAUUAAGAAAAAUGAUAAAAAUGGUUUAAACAAGACACAGAAAUUAAAAUUUAGACUUAUGAAUCUCACUAAAAAUCAGAUGAACUCAUGUGCGUCGAAAGGUAACGAGUUCCAUUCCUAUAUGUGACACCUAUUUGUAAUUUAUUACUGUAACAAGUGAAAUUCACCAUUAUUAAUAAGACGG